AUUUUAGUCUGUAAACCUGAUGCAUGGCAUUUAAUUGCUUGGGAACACAGUCAAUCAGGACCGGAUUGAGAUUGAGAAGUUGCCCCAGUUUUCUAGGAAGAUAACAUAGAAGAGGCACAAGUAUGGGAGAGUGGGGCUUUCUCUCGAAGCUGUUGGACAAAGUGCAGUCUCACUCCACGGUCAUCGGGAAGGUGUGGCUCACUGUACUCUUUGUCUUCAGGAUCAUGGUCCUAGGGGCCGGCGCAGAAAAGGUGUGGAGUGAUGAACAAUCAAAAAUGGUCUGCAACACAAAGCAACCAGGUUGUAAGAAUGUGUGCUACGAUCACACCUUUCCAAUCUCCCACAUUCGCUUCUGGGUUCUCCAGAUCAUCUUUGUGUCCACACCAACUCUUCUGUACUUCGGUCACGUUCUGCAUGUCCUUCACAAGGAAAAGAAACUGCAAAAGCUUGCCGAAAGCCAUCAUCCCAAAUACACAGAUGAUCAUGGCAAAAUUAUAAUCAAGGGGAAACUGUUAGGAAGUUACCUGACCAGUCUGAUUUUUAAGAUCUUGCUUGAGGCUGCGUUUAUUGUAGGCCAGUACUAUAUUUAUGGUUUUGUAAUGAUCGCUAAGAUUGAAUGCUCUCAGUCUCCUUGCCCUUAUACUGUAGAGUGUUUCAUGUCUAGACCUACAGAGAAGACCAUCUUUAUUAUCUUCAUGCUGGUGGUGGCGUGUGUUUCUCUACUGCUGAAUGUGAUCGAGAUGUUAUACCUGAUAUGCCGCAGGUCAAAGAGACAUCGAGGCACACAGAGUUAAUUCCCUCAAGCUUUAAAUGGAUCCAAAAUGUACAUUGCAGGCACUGCAAGCUCUAAAAAAAAUUGAGGCAUGUAUAAAAUUAUUGUCCAUGCAAAUAUUUGAAUUCUGUCUGUCAUUUGCUUAAUGUAAUAUUAUGGGUUCAAUAAAAGUUAAGAUCAAUGAACAGCAUUUGUGGCAUAAUAUUUAUUACCACAAAAAUUUAUUUUGACUUGCCCCUCCUUUUCUUAAAAAAAAAAAAAAAAAGCACAAUCUGGGUUACAGUGAGGCAUUUACAAUGGAAGUGAAUGGGGGCCAAGUUUUGAAUGAUAAAUAACCUUUUACUUAAUAGACCUGUGUAAAGAAGUCAAUGGAAAGGAGGAGUCGAGAACCGGCUUGACAAUAUAAAUAAUAGUUUUAAUGAUAAACUUAAAAAGACACAAACACACACAUGACGGACAUGUCCGUAAACUAUCUCUCUCUCCCCGGGCGGACCACAGUCUGCCAUCAGCCUGUAUCCCUCUCGGAGGCUUAAUUAGACUGAUAAGGGACGGGGUGUGUAUAAUCACAUCCCGGCCCCGCCCUCCGCCGUGCCAUAACCUAUAAUUUUUUUAAAGUAUAACAAUAUGCAUGUAAACAUGAUGUUUGUGUGAUAAAAUCACACUAUAAAAUCACUUAUUAACCUUUUCUGUGUAAAGUAACAACCAAUUUUACAACUUCGAUACCAUGACGAUGUAUUGUCAACAAACCUUAAAACCCUAAAACGAUUGUAAAAAUUUAAAUUUAAACAACUUUAUAGCUCAAUUAAUACAUGAGUCUUAACAGAAUAAUGAGUGCCUUUAAACCCACCCAAACAAAUAGCCACUUUCAUUGUAAGUGCCUCAUUGUAAACUUGAUUUAUUCUUUUUUUUCUUUUUUUUUAAGAGAAAAGGAGGGACGAGUUUUGUGGUACUCAACAUUAUGCCAAAUGCUGUCGAUUGUGCUUAACUUGCAUUGAACCCGGAAUAUUCCUUUAACUUAAUGUUGUUUCAACCCUGUAUGACUCUCUUUCUUUCAUGGAACACAAAAGGAAAACAUCAAGAACAUUUUCACAUGUCUAUUUGCCAUAUAAAGUAAGUGAAUAGUGACUCCAGGCCGUAAAGCUCCAUAAAAAGUAGAUAAUUUUAUUUAUAAAUUAGUGAAUAAUGACAUAAUUUUUGUUAUUCCUUUAGUGCUGUUAAAGAUAGUUUAUAGCUCAAUAAAUCUGAAGUCAUUAAUAUUAGGAUCAGAUUUUAAAAAGUAAAAUAUUUUUUAUUUUUUAUUAUUUGCACAGUUUUUGUUUGCUUGAAUAUAGUUAUAUGAAUUUUGGACAGUGUUUUGCGGUGAGUUGCACGAAUGAAUGCCAAUAGACACCUGCAUGGUGCCAUUGUGUAUUUCAGGUAAUUAUGUAAGGAUUACAUUUUUUAUUUUUUCAAAAUGUCACUUUUACUCUCUCCAUGUUAAGAAUGACUUAUCAUAUGACUUUCAGUUAUUAUAUAACAUGACAUGUAUGAGAUGCUCUUUAUCUACUGUCAAAACAGUACAUAGUUCAAACAACAUUUCCUUUAAUAAAGUAAAAACCUACAACAUAUUCUGUCAUCAUUUACUCUACCUCAUGUUGUUAUAAACCUGUAUUAAUUUCUUCUCCAGAACACAAAAGAAGAUGUUAGGUAGAAUAAUUAUUUUAAUUAUAUCCUUUAUAGUUCAAUUUUAUAACAGUCUCACUGUUAUAAACAGCGCUCCACAUCUGGCUAAAUCAUUUUCUUCAUCAUGGAAUUAUAUGAGAGAAUUGUUGAUUUGUGAAGAUACUUGUAGUAUAGGCCUCUACUGUAAAGAUCAUACAAAUUUUAGUACUUGUAAAUUCUACUUUUAAACUUAAACCAUUUUCAUGUGAACUGGAGAUAAAAUGUGUAAAUAAUCUGUUAAAACUGUGAUAACGCAUCUGUUGUUUUUUCUUUAAAGUAUUGCUUGACUAAUAAAGUACGAUAAGACAGAUAUUUGAUAUUGAGAAUUGUUAGGAGCUUACAAUUAAUGGACAUGAAUAGAAAUAGUGGAAGCACAUAAACAAAGAGCACACUUGUAACUGUGAAAACAAAAUGUUGAUAAAGUUUUACACUCGUUACUGUAAGAAUGACGUUUAAAAAAGACCUUUAGAAAAUGUCAUCUAUAAAUGUUAAUUGUUUGUUGUUGUUUUUUUGCUAUGCACAACAUUAGGAUUGUUUA